AUGGACGGCACUCGAGCGGCAGCAAUAGUGUUAGAUACCUCUAGCGCUAAAUCACUUAAAACCUCCGUGUCCAGUCCAGAGAACACACAUGGAGGUUCCCCAGUACUUCAGGGUCAGAGAGUUGACAUUGUUUCUGAGGUUAUCGCGUACCAGAGUUAUGAUGUCACACUGCCAUGCCGCUUUGUCCAUGAACGCACAGAAGAAAAAUUAAUUCAAGUUCAGUGGAUCUGGCAAAAUCUUUCCAAUAAAGAUGUUUCUGUAAAAGUCAUUCUCUUUAAUGGGGAACAUGGCAUUUACCUGAACAAUACAUUCCUGAAAGACAGAGUCAACUUUAGUACAAACCCAAAUCUGACCUUUGAGGCCUCCAUCAUCAUCAAACAUGUGAAACUGACUGAUCAGGGAGUCUACAGCUGUGGUUACACAACUCAUCCUAGUGGAAAACAAACAGGAGUAACCACCUUAAAAGUGCAAGAAGAUAAACCUCUUCUGUCCACUGCUGCUACUGCAGGGAUUGUAACUAUAAUACUGAUCACUGUGAUGCUAACUUCUGUGGGAUAUUUAUUCAUAAAUAAAAGACGAAGAGCUGCCAGUACUUCUGUUAACUAUAUUACACAGAGCCCUGGUGACUUACAACAGGGAGAAAUCACAUAUGCUGAUGUCACAGUAAAGUCAGGCAAAAUCAAUAAAAACCCCUCACAGACUGAAGACAUUGAAUACGCUGGAGUUUCCUUCAGUGGUCGUUCAGGAAUGACAUCACAGCGAGCCUCAGCCAAUCAGAUUGCUUUUGGUGACCACACAGCAAAGGAUGCAUCUGUAUACGCAGAAGUGAAAAAGAAUAACUUUGAUUAUUAAACUUUAGAUUCACCACAGGUUAAUAUAACACAACAUUCUUUUACAAAAGUGUAUUUACAAUUUUACAAGAGAUUGUAAUGUUUAUUAAAAAUAAAUCUAGAAGCUGAUUUAGAAUUUGGGUAUAAAAUGUUAGACAUGAACUUGAUGACUACAGCAAUACAUCUACAUCUGUCUGUAUGUGGUCUGUGUAAGAGCUUCAGUCUGACUGAACUUCCCCAAAAGAAAUAAACAAUUAAAUAAAGAAAUGUACUACUUACCAUUCAUACAUAUAUUUCUCAUAAUAUUGUAAAGAUUUGCUUGCUUUUGUUUAUUUGUUCAUGAGCUUCUUCAAAUAAAACUGAUGAUACGAUCAUUUGCAGAAAAUAGAAAACACAAUUCAGUCUGGAAAAAGUUCAAUGGUUUACAGUAAAAAAAAUGCAUAAGAAUAAAAAAUUGCAAUAAUUGCCCUUAACACUCAAAACUAAAUAACUAAAAUGUUAUAAAUGCAAUAUGUGUUACACAUUUAUAAAUGCCUCUAGAAAUAUGUGACCCUGCCUGUAAGAAGCCAUCUAAAGCAAUUAUUUGUGAUCUACUAUACAUAAAAUCAUGUAAAGAAUAUUGUGUGAAAAUAUAACCUUGAUAUCUUAAAUAUUGAUACUAAUUACUGAAUUUAUGGUCAAGACAAAGAUUGAAAUUAAGUUUCAAAGUUACAUUUGAAAGACAAGAAUGAGUUUGAAACAAAGCCAAGAAACAACUGUGAACUAAAAUAUUAAAAACGUAAUAAAAUAUUUAUGGGGUGUUAUAUUUUGUGUGCGUGUCUGUAAAACCACCAGAGAGCAGAUGCUGGGUUUCUAAAAUUGCUGCUCUAUGAUGAACGCAGAUAAGCAAAUGUUUACGUGUGAAGAUUUGGGUUGAGGUGUAAGAUGUGAUAUACAGCACUGUUUAAACACUCAAGUUCUUUAAAAUGCCAGUUGAUUUAAAGCAAAGUCCACAUUUUAAUGAACACACAGCUCCUCAAUCCUGAUAAC